AUGUGUGAGCAGCAACCGCUCAUGUGUGAGCAGCAACCGCUCAUGUGUGAGCAGCAACCGAUCAUGUGUGAGCAGCAACCGCUCAUGUGUGAGCAGCAACCGCUCGUGUGUGAGCAGCAACCGCUCGUGUGUGAGCAGCAACCGCUCAUGUGUGUGCAGCAACCGAUCAUGUGUGAGCAGCAACCGCUCAUGUGUGAGCAGCAACCGCUCAUGUGUGAGCAGCAACAGCUCAUAUUGCAUCCACUCAAGGGAAUGACACAGGGGAAACGCAUACUUGCAAAUAAGAAAAAAGACGAGACAAUAUCAUUAAUCAAUGUGAACACAACUGAUGUUUGUGUCCAGACCACUGAUGUUUGUGUCCAGACAACUGAUGUUUGUGUCCAGACCACUGAUGUUUGUGUCCAGACAACUGAUGUUUGUGUCCAGACCACUGGUGUUUGUGUCCAGACAACUGAUGUUUGUGUCCAGACAACUGAUGUUUGUGUCCAGACCACUGAUGUUUGUGUCCAGACAACUGAUGUUUGUGUCCAGACAACUGAUGUUUGUGUCCAGACCACUGAUGUUUGUGUCCAGACAACUGAUGUUUGUGUCCAGACAACUGAUGUUUGUGUCCAGACCACUGAUGUUUGUGUCCAGACAACUGAUGUUUGUGUCCAGACAACUGAUGUUUGUGUCCAGACAACUGAUGUUUGUGUCCAGACCACUGAUGUUUGUGUCCAGACAACUGAUGUUUGUGUCCAGACCACUGAUGUUUGUGUCCAGACAACUGUUGUUUGUGUCCAGACACAACUGGUGGACGCAUUAAGCUGGUGUUUGUGUCCGGACACAACUGGUGGAGGCACUUCAGGGGACGAGACCUGA